UCAUCGGCGCGUGCGCGCCGCGUCGGGACGGCACUGCAGAAGCAGGCGAGUUCGCGAGUGUAUCGAUUUUACGAUCGUGCCUCUCUCGCGGUGCCAGUGCGUCCGUCGUUUCCUUUAGUUUUUUAGUGGACGUGCACGUCGUACAUGGAUAAAACCGUGAAUGGGAUUACCCGCUAGACACGCCGCUCCGUACACCGCCCGCUGACUCGCAAUUCCUCGUCACCCUUCACCAUGACCAAGGAUAGAUUAGCAGCCCUCGUCGCGGCCCAGUCGGACGACGACGAUGUGGCGGACGACGUGUCCGUCAACGUCGGGGCGCCGGAUGACUUCAUGACGGAAUUUUUCGCGGAGGUGGAGGAAAUCCGCGAAAUGAUAGAUAGGAUCCAGACGAACGUGGAAGAUGUGAAGAAAAAGCACAGCGCCAUUCUCUCCGCGCCGCAGACCGACGAGAAGGUGAAACUGGAACUCGAAGAUCUGAUGUCUGACAUCAAGAAAACCGCUAACAAAGUGAGGGCUAAAUUAAAGGUGAUAGAGCAGAACAUCGAGCAGGAGGAGCACACGAACAAAUCGUCAGCGGACCUGAGGAUACGCAAAACCCAGCACUCGACGCUGUCCAGGAAGUUCGUCGAGGUGAUGACGGAGUACAAUCGGACACAGACCGAUUACAGGGAGCGGUGUAAGGGGAGAAUACAACGACAGCUCGAGAUCACGGGGAGAACGACCACCAACGAGGAGCUCGAGGAGAUGCUGGAGCAAGGAAAUCCAGCCGUCUUUACGCAAGGGAUCAUCAUGGAAACGCAACAAGCAAAACAGACCCUUGCGGACAUCGAGGCGCGUCACGCUGACAUCAUUAAACUCGAAAACUCCAUCAGGGAGCUGCACGACAUGUUCAUGGACAUGGCCAUGUUGGUGGAGAGUCAGGAGAUUUGUAUCUCCACGAGAUGUAACGAAAUCGAUACUGCAUGCAAAAGAUUUUAUAUAUCCUUUUUAUUUGUCAUUUUGAGAUAACAGUUUUCUAUCUUGAUUCUCGAUAUACAUGGAAGAACAAUACUCUGCCGCAAGAUACAUAACUUACUUGCAAAUUGCAUAUGUUCAUGUAUCGCAAAUAUCGUGCGUAUAAUAUAUCAAAGAUAUUCAUCAUGAAUAUUGAUGUGCUAUUACAGAGUCCUAUAUACAGAUGAUAAAAGCCUAAUUGUAAUAGUAAUUAAACGUACAUUGCUGGUGGACUCGGUUUAAUGUGCGUGAGAUUGCAAUCGUUUUUGUGGAAAAGAAAACACGAACAUGAAUUUUCCAGCAGUUCACAAAGUAGUUGAUAAAUAUGACUUUUUCUAAAUAAUCUGGCAGUAGGCGAUAAGUUCAUUGAUACGUGCAUUUGAGGACAAAACUUAACAAAGAGAAGGAAUUCAGUUUAAUUGAAAAUAUUUUAGAAGAGAUCAAAUAGAGGCACGUAGUGUUCCAAUUGAAUACUUUGAAUCUCGUUUUUUUAUGACAAAAUAAAAAUCAAAUUAAUAUUGACAAUAUUUUCAACAACAACAAUUUUACGUGCGUUUGGUUCCUUUUGAAUUUAUAAAACAAAUCAUUAUGUUUCUUCUUAUUCACUGCCAUUUAUUAAUUUAAAAAAAAUUUGGCGUGAUGUUGAAUUUUAUCGUUCAAGCGCGAGGUAAAACUUUUCCGACUGUUCUGUCAGAUGCACGUUUCAAUUUCUGUUUGACCCAAACUAUCGAUUUGAUUAACUAUAAUGAGAUGCUUUAUUGCAAGAUGCUUGAGCGGUAUCGUUCCUCGCGAUUGGUUAUACGACGGGCUAAACUUAAGUAGUUUAUUUGCCAAUUUUAAUUGAUACUAUAAUUUAAAGAAUACUUUUUCGAUCGUAUUUUUAUUUUCUAUUACCUAACAUU